AUGUAUAUUCAGCCAGUCCCUACUUGGCUUGGUGAAGCGCAAUGUUUGAUUGGUGUACCGCACUUUUUAUUUGUGUGAAUCAUGGAGACAAAAGGGAAUUGCAAAAAUAUUCUGCCUUGAUGAAAAGUCAAGGAUUGUGAGCUUGAUGCAAGAUCUUUUGACGAAAUUGACUCAAAUUAUAGUGUUAGUGACAGUGAAGACAGUUUGUUUUGAGAUGAAGAGUUUUGGGAUAGAGUUGAAGAAAUUCUUGGAGAUGAAGGAACAGUUUCUGAGGACAGCGAAGUUGAAGAGGAUGAAGAAAAAAAGUAG